AUCAAAUCUCUUCUCUUCCUCUCUCUUUCUUUCUGUUUUGCGAAGAAUCUGCAGAGAAGCUAAACCCAAUUAAUCAAAUCAUAUAGAAAAGAGAAAAAGUAGCAGUUCUAGCUAUCAGCAGUUCUUGAUUCCUUUUGUAGGAGAAAGAGAAAGACUGUGAUAUGGGCAAAGAAUAAAAAGUGGAGGAAAUGACAUGGUGCAAUAACAAUUCAGUCGAUGAGAGAGCCAUUCAAUUAGUCACAGCAGGCGCCGCCAUCCCAAAAGAAAACACAACCUUUGUCGACAAGAAACCCAAUGAAAUUCUAAUCAUAACUUGCCCUUCUUGUGGCCAUAACAUUGAAUUGCAAGAUCAGGCAGCUGCUGGUAUCCAAGAUUUGCCAGGUUUACCGGCAGGUGUAAAGUUUGAUCCAACUGACCAAGAAAUUCUUGAACAUUUAGAGGCAAAGGUGUUAUCUGAUACGAGGAAACUCCACCCAUUAAUUGAUGAGUUUAUCCCAACAUUGGAAGGGGAGAAUGGAAUUUGUUAUACUCAUCCAGAGAAGCUACCAGGAGUAAGCAAUGAUGGCCAGAUCCGCCACUUCUUUCACAGGCCUUCAAAGGCAUACACAACCGGAACUAGAAAAAGAAGAAAAGUGCACACUGAUGAAGAUGGAAGUGAGACCCGAUGGCACAAAACAGGCAAGACUAGGCCAGUUGUAUCUGGUGGGAUGGUGAAGGGAUUUAAAAAGAUUUUGGUUCUCUACACAAACUAUGGCAGACAAAAGAAACCUGAAAAGACAAACUGGGUUAUGCACCAGUACCAUCUUGGCAGCAAUGAGGAAGAGAAAGACGGAGAGUUAGUUGUUUCAAAGGUUUUCUAUCAAACUCAACCUAGACAAUGUGGCACCAGCAUGACAAAUCGAAGUAGUGAUGACAACAACCCUAUAGCUACACAUCCGUCUUUUGUUGAUUACUAUAAUCCAGCUUUCAUCUCUUAUGAUCAUCAUGAAAGCCAUAAUAGAGAAAGCCCACCUCAGUUAAUCCCAAAUUUGGUUGUUCAAGGUGAGGGGUCUUCCUUUUUUCGAUUGGUUGCAGAAACAAGCAAAGGAAAGCUUCAGAGAAAAUAGAGAUGCAUGAGUAGAGCAGCAAUGACAAAGACUGUUUUGGUUGGUAUUGCUGUUGUGGUGUAGCAGUCAUAUAUAUAUAACUUAUUCCACAGAGAUGUAGUUGGGUGAAGGAGAUGAGGAUUGGGGAAUGAUAUGAACGUACGUACGGCUUCUUUAAUUUUUGUAAAAAGCUCAAGAUUCAGAUUCUUGGAAGAUUUGACCAUGACACUUUCUGGCUAAUAUAGUAGUUUAAGCAGCGAAAACAAGGGUUGAGACUGUUAUUAUGGUGAGCAUAUGCACUUAUAUGGUACGAGUGUACAAAGAUGACUUUCUUUUCUUGCAUAAGCUUUGCUAGUCACUGUUGUUCUACAUAUAUAUAUACAGUUAGUAGAGUGAAAUUUCUGUGUAGAGUUUAUAUUCAUGCAUGCAUUUGAAUUUGAAAUUUUUAGAGUUUAAAAUUAUUAAA